GGGCCCUGGUCAAAUUCAGAGGUAAGAUGACAUUGUAAAAACCACUUUCAUCUCCAGAAAGAUUAAGCCUUGGGAAGCCCAACAAGAAAUAUCCCCCUUGGUUCUGGGUCUGACUUAUAUGUCCUGGAAAGAAGGCAGUCAUGGAGGUCUUGGUGAUAAUUACUCUUGUCAUGAACAUCUGGUCUUCUUCAGGUUUCCCUGUGUAUGACUAUGAUCCAGCCAUGAUGAGGGAAGCUCUCAGGGCGUCGGUUGAAAAAGUGAACUCCCAGUCUCAAAGCCCAAAUUGGUUCCGGGCAUAUAAGAGUUCAGUUAGAAGAGUCAACUUCAUGAACGAGAAUGACCUGACCAUGGACAUAGACUUCGGGAUCCGAGAAACCGAGUGUAGGAAAGAGUCCGGAAACCCGCCGAGCUCCUGUGACUUCAAAAGGGGCUAUUACGUGCCAACAGCAUCUUGCAGAAGCACCGUAGAGAUCUCCGCUGAGCAGGUGCGGAACGUGUGGGUCCGCUGCCUCCGUGCCUUCCCCAGCUCCGAUUCCAGUAGCAGUGAAGAGAUUUUUGGGGGCAGACUGGGAUCAUACAACUGGAGAAGCUAUUACAUGAGAGAUGUAGACAGCGAUGAAUCCCGGAGUGAGCUGCUUUAUCAGAGGUCACUGGGCAUCAGGGAUGUGGAGGUGUUUCCUCCCCGAAGCGGAAGACGCCAGAAUGAUUGGAAUCGGUACAGUGUCUUUGAAUAGUGAAGUGGCAGCAGAAGGACCAAGUGCCCAGGAGGAUGAAGGCAGCACAAAGCAGUCCCCCCUGGGGUUCGGUAUUGUGGCCUAUGUUCUUGUGGUUUUUAUCAUCUCCCCUCCACAAUAAACCUUCCUCCUCCAUUGUUUCUGCAUUCUUUAAAGAAAA